AUGGUAAUCAGGUACCGAGUAAUUGAAAUACUUGCUUGUGGUGGUUGUGCAUUGGUGGAAUGGAGGCUAGAAACUGGACGCACUCAUCAGAUUCGUGCCCAUGCAAAGUAUCUUGGUGUGCCGCUCUUGGGAGAUGAGGUGUAUGGAGGAACUAAGAGUAUGGCCCUCUCAUUGCUUCAGUCAAGGAAUCCAUCUAGUUUUCACGGGCAAUUUGCGGAACUUGUUGCUAGCAUAGAAAGACCCUGCCUCCAUGCUUUAAGUCUCGGGUUUCGACAUCCAAACACAGGCGAAAACUUACAUUUCUCAAAGCUACCACCUGCUGAUUUUGCUGAGAUUUUUGGCCAGCUUCGUGAUAUUAGCACAGAGAAGGUCACCUAG